AUGACUUUGCUCGUCUUUCGUCAACUCCUUGGUCGCUCCGUGGCUGGAAGCUGCACCAUUGCCGCCGAAGAUGAUUUUGGGCCAGUCGUCGAGGGAUGUUUGGACAACUUUGACUUUACGCUUCUAUUCCAAGAAGCUAUCCUCUCCAUAACCCCGAUGGGCGUGACGAUUCUCCUACUGCUUCAUCGUCUUCUGCAUUUGCACAAGCAGCCUCAAAAAGUCUAUUCUGGAGGUUUACUGCAGAGAGCUAAACUGGUUGCAUUCGCCGUCUUCACAACGGUCCAGAUUGCGCUCGUUGCCAUUGCAGCCCUUCCCGGCACCCCGACUACGGCAGCAUCGCUGGCAUGUGCUGUGGUCAACCUGCUCGGGGCGGCCAUCAUGUGGGUUUCAUCUCAUCUGGAGCAUGUGCGCUCGGUCCGGCCGUCUCUGCUUUUGAACGCCUACUUCUUCUUUUCGCUUCUUUUCGAUAUUGUACGGGCGCGGACCCUCUGGGCAAUCUCGCAGAAUGCCGCGUUUGCCAGUGGCUUCUGCGCUUCAAUUGGCUUGAAAGUCGUCUGUUUGGUCCUCGAGGCCGUGGAGAAGCAAAGCAUUCUUCUUCCCGAAUACGCCACGUAUCCGUCUGAAGCCACGGCCGGCUUUUUCAAUCGCAACUUCUUUCUCUGGCUGUGUCCAACGUUGAUCCGUGGCUUCAGCAAAGAGCUGGUCGUUACAGAGCUCGAGGCCAACGACAGGUCACUGGAACCGAAUACCCAUCAGAGCAAGCUCCAGGCGCUCUGGAACAAGUGGAGGAGAUGGAACAAGAAGAUGUCUCACUCGCUUCUCGUGACGUAUGCCGUUCACUUUCGAUGGAAGCUCGCGGCGGCCGUCAUUCCCCGACUCUGUUUGAUCGGCUUCAAAUUUGCGCAACCGUUCCUGGUUCAGUCAGCUGUCGUCUACCUCUCCGAGCUGAAUGGCCAACAUUCGAGAAACUCGGGCUAUGGGCUGAUCGCAGCGUACAUCAUUGUUUAUGUUGGAAUUGCGAUCAGCGGUACGAAAGCACAGCACAAAGCAUUUCGUCUCAUCACAAUGAUCAGAGGAACUCUGAUUAGCCAGAUUUUCGACCAUACCCUCAAACUCAGCACAUCCUCUUUAAACGAGUCCAAAGCCGUUACGCUAAUGAGUUCUGAUAUCGAGAGAAUCGGCACAGGAUUGCGCAACGUGCAUGAAAUUUGGGCUUGCAUCAUUGAGAUAGCACUGGCCAUGUGGUUACUCCAAGGUCAACUCGGAAUAUCGAUUAUCGCGACUGGACUCGUCACUCUAUUCUGCACUGGUGGCGCGGUCUGGGUAGCAAAAGGUGCUGGAGACCGUCAAAGCGUCUGGCUUGAAGCGAUUCAAAGGCGAGUCCAUGCAACGGCAAAUAUGCUGGGCUCGAUGAGGGGCGUCAAGAUGUCCGGCCUCACCAAUGACUUGUCGGCCAAUAUUCGGAAAUUGCGUCUCGAGGAAAUUAGUUCUUCAUACGAGUUCAGAAGAUUGCUUGUCCGCGUCGUGAAUCUAUCUUUCAUGUCAACCGCUCUGACUCCCGUCAUUACGUUCCUCGUCUUUAGCGUUUUGGCCAAAGUCAACAAUUCUCAAACACUGACUCCCGAAAUCCUAUUCCCCGCCUUGACACUGUUUGAACUCCUAGCUUCUCCUGUUUCCGUACUAAUUGAAACCCUUGGAGGUGUCAUGUCGGCGGUCGGUUCCUUCCAGCGAAUCGGCGAGUAUCUCGCGACGGAAGUACACGUUGACAGCAGGAACAACGUCACAUACGAGAAACACGGGUCUUUUGGACUAGAAAUGCCUCCAAUUAUCCCCAGGUCAAUCAUCUCGAUGGGAAGACGGGGGUUAGAAAACUGUGUGGAGGUGUCCAAACUAAGUGUCGGUUAUGGCACCAACGAGGCGCCAGUUUUGAAGGAGCUUAAUUUUGAGAUCAAGACGUCGCAAAUUGCUAUGAUUAUUGGUCCAGUGGGAUGUGGCAAGUCAACAUUGAUUCAUGCAUUACUCGGUGAGAUACCCAAGACUUCCGGCUCCAUCCAUAUAGCCUUUCAAGAGGCGGCGUACUGCAGCCAGACAGCCUGGAUUACGAAUGGGACGGUACGCCAGAAUAUUCUGGGGGAACGGGAGAUGGAUGAAGCCUGGUACAACACUGUCAUCCAUGUGUGCGCCCUAGAUACCGAUCUUGAACAGUUUCAUGGAUCUGAUCUGUCCAUGGUGGGAAGCAAAGGCGUCAGGUUGAGUGGAGGCCAACAGAUGCGUCUGGCGCUUGCAAGAGCACUCUACUCGCGUAAAGCAGUCAUUUUCCUUGACGACAUCUUCAGUGGCUUGGACUCAACGACGGAAGAGAAGAUUUUUGCGCGCCUCUUCGGCCACGACGGCCUCUUCCGGAAACAAAAGACAACAGUCAUCAUGGCAACCAAUGCUGUUCAUCGCCUGUCCUCAGCAGACCACAUCAUUGCCCUCAGCAGCGACGGCCGAGUCCUCGAGCAGGGCAGUUUCGAAGAGUUGCAAGCUACCGGUGCUUACACGCGCGCGCUGGCACCAUCGAAACGCAAGACGGCGUCUGCAGGAGACCCCAUGACGACGCAGAUCAAUACUCAGUUGUCACAUGCAAUAGCCCCGGAGGUUCCAAAAGGCUUGCAAAGACGCACGGGCGAUGGAACAGUGUAUAACUACUACAUAGCCACUUUCGGCUGGUACAAGUGGUCAAUUCUCAUGUUCUUCGCUGCGUGCUACGGUCUAUUGACCGUCUUCCCUCAGGUGUGGGUUAAUUGGUGGGCAACGGCAAACGUGAAGCAGCCGAGUUCACAGCUUGCAUACUAUGUUGGCAUCUACGCCGCCCUUAGCAUUCUGUCUGUUGUAGCGCUAUUUGCAUCUUGCUGGCAUCUCAUCAUCAACUUGGUCCCAAAGACAGCCCUGAAAGUACACGACACUCUACUUCGGACUGUUCUCAAUGCACCCAUGUCCUUUUUCGCCAAGACCGACACUGGCGUCACACUCAACAGAUUCAGCCAGGACCUGGAGCUCAUUGACAUGGAACUCCCUCUGUCAGUCAUCAACACCGUCAUAAUUUUCGCAGUCAUCAUCGCCCAAAGCGUUUUAAUCUGCGUGACUGGCCGCUACGUUGCUGCGGUUCUUCCCUUGUGUGUUGGCAUCGUCUAUGCCGUGCAAAAGUAUUACCUCCGCACGUCGCGGCAGUUGCGGUUACUCGACAUCGAAGCAAAAUCACCUCUAUUUUCACACUUCCUAGAAGCCCUUUCGGGGCUGGCUACCAUUCGCGCGUUUGGCUGGCAGAAUGGAUAUCUCGAGGAGAGCAAGCGCAUCCUCGAGCUGUCACAACGCCCUUACUACAUGUUGUUCUGUGUGCAAAGAUGGCUAGGCUUGGUUCUUGAUCUCAUCGUCACCGGCAUCGCCGUGGUGCUUGUGUCGAUUGGCGUUGAGGCCAAGGGUGUUGUUGACACAGGGCUGAUGGGGCUGGCGCUGGUGAACAUUGUGAGUUUUAGCACGAAUUUGAAGUUCUUGGUGACCAACUGGACAUUGCUGGAAACAUCCAUCGGUGCUGUUUCGCGCGUCCGUAGCUUUGAGCAGGGCACCGAGUCGGAGAACAACGACGAUGGGCGACAAAGACAGCCGCCGAGCGAUUGGCCGAGCGCGGGUGCAAUCACAUUUGAAGGCGUGACGGCGCGGUUUGACGAAUCACUAGAAAAGAAUGUCCUCCGUGACGUGUCCUUGACCAUCAAAGGAGGGCAACGCAUCGGCAUUUGCGGGCGAAGCGGCAGUGGAAAGUCUUCUCUAGUUUCCACUCUGUUCCGCCUCCUGGAUCCCCAUGCCGGCCGCAUCACCAUCGACUCCAUCGACAUUUCCACUCUCGCACGGCAUGAAGUUCGCUCGCGUCUUACCGCCAUUCCCCAAGAACCUUACCUGCUUACAGGGACCAUCCGCGUAAACGUGGAUCCAUUCGGCCGGGCAUCAGAUGAACAGAUAAUCAGAGUGCUCGAGACGGUCGGAUUGUGGAAGUUGGUCCAGGAGAAGGGUGGCCUUGAUGCCGUGAUGACUGAAGGUUCAUUCUCACACGGCCAGCGCCAGCUUGUGUGUCUUGCGCGCGCCAUGACGAGAGAGAGUUGUGUGCUUGUCAUGGAUGAGGCGAGUAGCAGUCUUGACGUCAAAACGGAUGCACUUUUUCAGCAAGUUAUCCGCUCCGAAUUUGCAAAGCACACGAUUAUAGCAGUAGCGCACCGCCUGGACACCGUAGUGGACUUUGAUUACGUUGCUGUGCUAGACGACGGAGUGGUGGUAGAGUUUGAUGCGCCAGAGGAGUUGCUCAAGCGCCCAUCGGCGUUUAGAGAGCUUUACGAAGCACAGAAGGGGGAAACGAUCGAGGAAGAGGAUGAGGAGAUAUCAGAUUCGACUACUGCGAAUGAGAAGUGGGGAUGGAUGUGGGAAUAA